AUGGCGGUAGUGACUGGGGUUCUGCCAAGCGUCCUCGCCAAGCUCGGCGAUCUGCUAGUCGGAGAGUAUAAGCUGCAAAAGGGCGUGAAGGGGGAGAUCAUGUUCCUCAAAGCUGAGCUCGAGAGCAUGAAGGGCGCCCUCGAGAAGCUCUCCAGUAAACCGGCAGACCAGCUUGACAUUCAGGACAAGAUCUGGGCCAAGGAUUUGAGGGAGCUCUCCUAUGAUAUAGAGGAUAGUAUCGACACAUUUAUGGUGCGUGGCAAAGCCAGUCAGUCGGCCAAGCUGCAUGGCAUCAGGAAGUUUAUUGACCGAAGUGUCGGUUUGUUCAGAAAGGCAAAAAUUCGCCAUGGGAUUGCUACUGAGAUAAGAGAGAUCAAGAGCCGUGUUGUAGAGGUGCACGAGAGGCGUCGCAGGUAUGAUGUUAGCCUCGGUGUUGAUAAGCCUACCACAGCUGCUGUGGACCCACGUUUAUUUUCUCAGUACACAGAGAUUGAAGAGCUUGUUGGCAUUGUUGAGACAAGAGAUGAGCUAAUCAAUAUCAUUAUGGAAGAGAAUGAAGUGCCCAUUCAGAAAGGCAAAAUAGUUACCAUUGUUGGAUUUGGUGGGUUGGGAAAAACAACUCUUGCUCAUGCAGUUUAUGACAAGAUUAGACCAGGGUUCGAUUGUUGUGCUGCUGUAUCAGUCUCUCAAACUCCUGAUUUGAAGAAAUUGUUCAAGGGCAUCCUGUAUCAGCUUGACAAGAAGUAUGAGAACAUCAAUGAAAAACCAUUGGAUGAGGGGCAGCUCGUCAAUGAACUAAGAAAAUUCCUUCGACGCAAAAGGUAUUUCAUUGUUAUUGAUGACAUAUGGGCUAUCUCAGUCUGGAGAAUGAUCAAAUGUGCUUUGCCUCAUAGCGAUGCUGGAUACAUAAUUAUUACAACCACACGUAAUUCUGAUGUUGCUGAAAAUGUUGGUGGUCCUUACAACAUGAAACCACUUUCUCAUAAUAACUCCCGGAAAUUGCUAUACAAAAGAAUAUUUGGUAAUGAAGGGAAAGACAACAAUGAAGAUGUAGAAAAAUGUCCCGAUGCAGAGUUAACUGAAGUAUCGGAGAGGAUACUAAAGAAAUGUGCCGGUGUACCCCUGGCUAUUAUUACGAUGGCUAGUCUACUCGCUUGUAAAGCAAGAAAUAAGAUGGAUUGGUAUGAGGUGUGCAACUGUAUUGGUACCGGUCUUGAGAACAGUAUAGAUGUGGAGAAUAUGAGAAAGAUCUUAUCAUUUAGCUAUUAUAAUAUGCCGUCCCAUCUGAGGACUUGUUUAUUAUAUUGUAGUGUAUUUCCAGAAGAUUAUAAAAUAGAAAAGCAUCGUUUGAUAUGGAUGUGGAUAGCUGAAGGCUUUAUCCAAUGUGAGAAACAUGGGGAGUCCUUAUUUGAUCUAGGAGAGACUUACUUCAAUGAGCUCAUAAGUAGAAGUAUGAUCCAACCCAUACAUGGUUAUAAUAAUGAUACGAUAUAUGAAUGUCGUGUACAUGAUAUGGUGCUUGAUCUUAUAUGCUCCUUGUCAAGUGAAGGAAACUUUGUUACUAUAUUAAAUGGUACAGAUCACAUAUCUCCAGCAAAUACGAUUCGGAGGUUAUCCCUUCAAAAUGGCAAGGAGCAUCAUACUGAAACUCUGGAAACCAGGAGGUUGCAACAAGUAAGGUCAUUUGUUGUCUUUCCAUCUGGCAUUAGUUUGAUGCCAGUUGUUAGGAGCUUCCACUUUCCAUCUGCCAUUAAUCUAAUACCGGUCUUUAGGAGCUUCCAAGUUUUACGCGUACUGGACUUACAAGAUUGUGAUCUUUCGCAAGGUUACGGCCUCAAGUACCUUGGGAAUCAAUUUCACUUGAGGUACCUAGGACUAUGUGGCACAAGCAUUGCGCAACUGCCUGAAGAAAUAGGAAGCUUGCAGUUUUUACAAAUAUUGGACGUACGGAGAAAUAAACUCUCAUGCUUGCCAUCAACUGUUGUUCAGCUGAAACAUUUGAUGUGCCUGUACACCGACUUGUCAAUCAGAGUGCCAAAUGGGAUUGGGAGCUUAACAAGACUUGAAGAGAUGUCAGAACUACUAAUUGAUGACUCCAACAUGUACAUUCUAGAAGAAUUGGGAUGGCUAUCGGAGCUGAGGGUGCUGCGUAUUGCCUUGGGCGAAUGGAACGACAAUCUGGUGGAGUGCCUAGGCAAGCUGCAAAAGCUCCGCGAGCUUAGUGUCUGGGCUCGCGGUGGUCAAACGAACAUUGGUGGAUUGGACGCCUGGGUUGCCCCUAGACAUCUCUUUAGUCUGUCGACACGAUGGGGCUGCUGGUUCUCAACCCUGCCAGCAUGGAUUAAUCCAUCGCUUGUGCCGGACCUCUCCAAGCUAUCCAUCGCCAUAAGGGUACUACAGCAGGCCGAUCUGGAUAUACUUGGAAGGUUGCCUGCUCUUUGCUAUCUAGAGAUGCAGGUGGAGCAUGAGGAUCUCGGAAUCCCUAGUGGAUUCCUCGUUGGUGCGGAUUCAUUCCCCUGCCUUUUAUCCUGCGAGUUCCGGGGAUUUGUCAGGCCUGUAUUGUUUCAGCAGGGAGCUAUGCCGAGGCUGAGAACGCUUUGGUCCUGGUUUUCUGUACGAGGGGCGAGAGAAAUCGCCAACAGCUAUGGUGGUCUCGACUUGGGCUUGGUGAACCUGCCAUCGCUCCAGAAGGUUAGCGUUGGAUUGGAUUGCAAAGGUGCUAACGAUGAGGAGGUGAAGGAAUUGAGAGCUGUGCUGAGGCAUGGUACUAAAAUCCAUCCUAAUCGUCCACGCCUUUGGAUAAACAGGAAAGCGGUUAAAGAGACAGGGACAGUGGGAGUCCAGGAGAUCUUGCCUUUGGCGAAUGUCUCCUUCACAUCUUCCAGCACUCUUCAUGCUGCAGUGACAGUGUGCGAUCCAGAGCGAUUCGGUCGAGAGCAGCCGCUCGAUUCCAAAACCGGCAGCCGCUCCAUACACUUCCAGAUCAAUGGAUAUCGUAACGGGGGCAGUGUCAAGCAUCAUCACCAACUCAGUGAUCUCCUCGCCGGGGAGUACAAUCUGCAAACGGGGGUGAAGGGGAAGAUCCAGUUUCUCCAAGCCGAGCUCCGGAGCAUGAAAGGUGCCCUUGAGAAGGUCUCCAACACACCGGUAAACCAGCUUGACAUUCAGGACAAGAUCUGGGCCAAGGAUUUGAGGGAGUUGUCCUAUGAUAUAGAGGAUAGCACUGACACAUUCAUGGCUAAGGUCCACCAUGGGAUUGCUACUGAAAUCGAAGACAUCAAGAGCCGUGUGGUAGAGGUGCACAAACGGCGGCGAAGGUAUGAGGUCAGCCAUGGUGUUGAUAAGGAUGCCACAACUAUCGUGGACCCACGUUUGUUUUCUCAGUAUGCUGAGAUUAAAGAGCUUGUUGGCAUUGAUGAGACCAUAGAUGAGUUAGUCAAGAUUUUGAUGGGUGACAAUGGAGUGCGCUUGCAGCAAGGCAAGAUAGUUUCCAUUGUCGGAUUUGGGGGGCUCGGAAAGACAACUCUUGCUAAUGCAGUGUAUGAAAAGAUUGGGGCACUAUUUGAUUGUUCGCUUUUGUUUCGGUGUCUCAAACUCCAGACUUGA